GAUUUGACAUCCAUGUCAAAAACUUGAAGUGCAAAAUUUGUGAAAAACAAUAAAAUUUGGUCGUUUUGCACUAAAUUUAGACCGAAUUAAAGAAAAAUGGCUGCAGUUUUUCGUGCGGGAGUGAAGCAGCUCAUUGCUCCAAAUGGCAAAUGCCUUCUCAGUGUGCAGUUGCCAGCAAUUAGUCAGUCUUGCAACAUCACGGGAAAAUCUUUUCGUGGCAAAACUGCUGAUCGCCCAAAACCAUGGGACUACAAAAACAAGGGUUACAACGUAAUUCACUCGAUUUUCGACAAAACUCGUUGGCGUUGGGAUGAAAACAGCAAAAUUAUCGUCGUUGAUGGCCCAAUUGCCUCCGGCAAAACUGAUUUCGCCAAAUCGCUUGCUGAUGAAUUGGAGAUGAUGUUCAUGCCGGAACCCCAUAUGGAUCGAGUUUACGUCAAUUCGUACGGAUUUGACUUGCGUACGUUGAACGAUAAGCUUCCGCCAGCUUGUCGCAGCAUCGAAAACAAGGAUUUCUUGAUGCACCCCGAGAACAUGUACAUCGCCAAUUACCAAUUUUACAUGAUGGUGAUGCGUUUUCACGACUACAUCGAUGCCUUGGCGCACGUUUUCAACACGGGGCAAGGUGUCGUCCUCGAACGCAGCAUCUACUCCGACUUUGUGUUCAUGGAAACGAUGUUCAAGCACGGCUACUUGUCGAAGAACGUUCGUUCGUACUACCAUCAAAUCAUGUAUCACAUCUUGCCGGAGCUGAUGAAACCGCAUUUGGCGAUUUAUUUGGAUGUGCCCGUGGCUGAGGUGAAAAAUCGCAUCAAGAAACGCAACAUUGACUACGAAGUCAACUCGAAGGUUUUGACAGACGAGUAUUUGACGACGUUGGAAAGUAUCUACAAGCAGCAAUAUUUGAAGGAUAUCAGCAAGCAUGCCGAGUUGCUCGUUUAUGAUUGGAGUAAUUAUGGCGAUGCGGAGGUUGUUGUCGAGGAUAUUGAACGUAUCGACUUUGAUCGGUUUGAGAAGCACGAUCCGAAAUUGAGAGAUUGGAGACUCGGACAUGAGGAGGAGUACAAUGCGAAACGCAUGUGGUAUACCAAUGAAAAACCAACCCUCAUGCGAUAUUUGAACAUCCCCCGAUUGGAUGUCCCCGAGCUCAUGUUAACUGCUGAUGAAAACGAUAUUUACAAUACGGUCGUUGCUGAGAGCCCCGGCAACAGAUACGACGAAGGAUACAAUGAAGAUGCCGGCGACACGGGUCUCUUAACAAAGACAAAGACCCCUUGGAUUGUGAGAGAAUAAAUUAUUCGUCACUGCGCUUAACAUUUCUUAGGCAAUUUAAACAUCUUUGGUUCAAAAAAAAAAUAUUGAAAAUAUAAAAUUGUAAAAAUUUAA